UUGUGUAGUACACUUUGUCGAUUCAAUUUGUCGCAGGCAGUCAAAGCGCAUACGUUUGCCAACUCGCUGUUGCGUUGUGUCGUGUUUAUUUAUCUUCGAUUUGGGUUUAGGAAUGGACGUAAACAAAAAAAUACUUAUACGUUUAGUGCAAAGUGUAGAAAAAUAUCCAUGUUUGUACGACAACACACUUAAAGAAUAUUCCAAACGGGAGUACACGGAGAGGGCAUGGAUAGAAGUGGCAGAAGAGCUCUCCAGCACGCCGGAUGUGGUUAGGGAGAAAUGGAAAGUCGUUCGCUCAGUUUUCGUUAGAAGACUAAAACAAUUGCAUAUGGGAGAACUUAUCAAACCCUACUAUUUGCACGAAUAUAUGCAAUUCGUGGUCCCUUUUUUGCAAAAGCCAUGGGAUCCUGAAAGACGAACAAAAUGUCAAUUGGAAGAAAGUGAGAGACGUUUAGCACUGAAAAACAAAGAAAAAAUUGAUAAUAAUAUUAAUCGAAGCUCCACUCCCGACUAUUCGGACGUAGUAUAUGAUGAGGAGAAUUUGUAUGCUAAUUAUCUCGAGGACAUCACAGAACAGCCACAAACCAAAUCAGCUAAAAAGAGGAAACGACGGACGCAUUCGGAAGAUAUAUAUGACACUUCCGGAUCCUCCGAACAUCAGUUUACAAAGUUAGCAGCGCCAGUUAAUCGACUUCAAAUCAAUCAAGUUUCAUCGGAUGCAAAUCGUAUAGAAGACGACGAACCCACUGGAGAUGAGAAUUGUAAAAGAAUGUUUUUGCUGAGUUUGAUGCCUGAUCUUGAAGAUCUGAAUAUUUCGCAAAUGCGAAAAUUUAAAACAACAGUAAUUGGACUUAUCAAUGAUAUUUUUCAAAAUAAAUGAUUUAGAGUAUUCAGCGUUAAUGCAUAAA